AUGACAGUCUAUGUUGUUGUUGUUGAUGACGGCUGUAAAACAAGCCCAGACGACAAUUCCGAUCAAACUACCUCCUUUUUUUCCCUUCCCAAACCCAAAAAACCUUCACACAAAAAAACUUUAGUAUUUUCUCUUUGUCUUUGCUAACUCCUUGUCUUAGACUCUCUCUCUCUCUCUCUCUCUCUCUCUCAGUCUUACUACAUAGCUACUAAGUUUUGAUCCAAAAAAAAAUCAAAAACCUCCUCCAAUUUCCGAUGUGAUCAGGUCCAAAUUAUCGUUCUAUAAUCACUGUUUACUAGCGGCGACGGCGGCGGGGGCCACCGUAAAUGUCUCUCGUCCAAUCCCCCUCCGUCGAUUGCGUCCCUCAGCGCAGCGGCUCCACCACGACCACCACCACCACCGCCAGCACCACAAUCGCCUUAGAAUUUGUUCCUUUGUUUGAAGAGGAGGAAGAACAGCCAGCUUCCGUCACCACCGUCGAUCCGCCACGAUUGUCGUCGAAGCGCAAAUUGGACGAUUAUGGUGGUCCCACAUACGACGACUACGACGACGAAGACAACGACGUUUUUGCAGAGUUAGUCUCCGUUAGAAUGAGGAAAGAUGAACCUAACGCCGUCAAUUCCUCUUUCGACUCUCAUCCUCACCCCAUCGCCCCCACCGCAACCGCAACCGCAACCGCGACUACAGCUGCGACCACUGUGGAAUUCAGUUCUAGGGUUUCCGAUGCUCAAUCGGCCACCGACUCGGCCGAGUCGACUCAUUCCGCGUCGCCUCGUUUGCAAUUCUUCAUCCGAAUGAUCUCCGAGGGUAAGACUAGGGUAAUCCAAGCUUACCCUCACGAUACCGUGAAAUCGCUCCACGAGCGAAUCCAAUUGGUCACUGGAAUCCCGGUCCACGAGCAAAGGCUCAUAUACGGAGGCAAACAGCUCCAGUGGGAACGCUCGCUCGCCGAGUGCUCCAUCGAAAACGACGCCGGAUUGCAGCUCGUCGGGCGUAUGCGUAGCACCGAGCAUCCUCACGCUUGGCAAGUCAUCGACGAAAUGGUCUCAGUCGUCUGCCGGCUCUGCCGCGGUGAAGCCGUCCAUGCCGCUGCCAAUUACAUCAAGUCGAGGAUGACUGAGUACUUGUCAACCACUCCGAAAGAGGAGGAGCAGCUGGCGGCGGGGCAUUUGCAGAUAUUUAUGUCGUCUUCGGCUCCGGCCGCGUUGGUCAUGCUCUACAUGUCCAUGGAGAAAGGUAACAGGGACUGUGCUGAUAGUGCCAUUAGGCAUUUCUUGAAUAUUAGUCGAAAUUCGUUACCAAAAAGUCAUCAUAAUUAUUGUGCACCAAUAGUAUUAGAGUUUUGUAAAUUGCUUAGGAGAGCUGGAGAUGAGGACCCUUUGUAUUUAUCUUGCCGGAGUACAUUUGGCAUGAUGUUAGAGUCGAUUGGACCUUCGAUGAAAAGUGUUAGGGGUGGUGGAGCCAUUGUGAUGGAAGAGAUUUUCCCAUUUAUUAGCGAGAUGGCGAGUAGGUUGUGUAGGGAUUUAGGAUUGAGUAUGGAAACCCCUGGUACUGCAGGGCCACUGUCGAGUGAUGUUCGCGAUUUCACAGCGUUUGUCCUCCCCUUGAGGACUAUGAUUAUGGUUCUUGUGAGUUUUGAGGGUCUCAUACCGGUGACGUUUGUUGAGGGGGAAGGAUAUAAGCAUCCAGUGUUGGCACAGGAGCUUGAGUUUCUUUAUCUUAUAUUUAUAGAUUUGUUGAAUAGAAUGGAGGAGUGCCUACGAAGAAUGGAUGGGAACUUGAUUGUUAAACAGAAGGGGGAAGGUGAAGUUGUAUAUUCGGGAUGGUCUCAGUAUCUUGCCAUUUUGAAGGAACUGCAUGGCAUUUCAAAAAUUUAUCAGGGUGCUGAAGAACAGUUUUGGACGGUUUUGAGGCUUUCAAAAACGGCACUUUGUGCUCUAAUUAUUAAAUAUGCAAAGCGUGCGGACGAUCAUCAGUGGCUUCUUGAGCGGAAGGAUGUAACCGAUUUUGAGUCUAGAAGGCAUUUGGCUAUGAUGAUGUUUCCGGAGGCUAAAGAAGACUACGAGGAACUGCAUGAGAUGCUCAUUGACAGGUCUCAAUUGUUGGCAGAAUCAUUUGAGUAUAUACAACGGGCAGAAUCCGAAUCUCUACAUGCUGGUCUCUUUAUGGAGUUCAAAAAUGAGGAAGCUACAGGUCCGGGUGUAUUGCGGGAAUGGUUUUUUUUGGUAUGCCAAGCUAUAUUUAACCCAGAAAACGCUCUUUUUGUGGCAUGCCCAAAUGAUCGUAGAAGAUUCUAUCCUAAUCCAACAUCAAGGGUGGAUCCCAUGCACCUUGAGUAUUUCAGCUUCUCUGGUCGGGUGAUUGCAUUAGCUUUGAUGCAUAAAGUUCAAGUAGGCAUUGUCUUUGAUCGUGUCUUUUUCUUGCAAUUGGCUGGGAAGUACAUUUCGUUGGAAGAUAUAAGGGAUGCAGAUCCAUGCUUGUAUAAUAGCUGCAAACAGAUUCUGGAUAUGGAUUCUGAAUUUAUUGAUUCAGAUGCAUUAGGACUAACAUUUGUUAGAGAAGUUGAGGAGUUAGGAUCCAGGAAAGUUGUGGAGCUUUGCCCUGGUGGGAAAAGCAUGGUUGUGAAUAGCCAGAACAGGGAGGAAUAUGUUAGGCUUCUUAUUGAGCAUCGCUUUGUCACAUCUAUCUCAGACCAGGUAUCACAAUUUGCACAAGGCUUUGGUGAUAUUCUUUCCAACUCUAAGCUCCAGAAGUUCUUUUUCCAAAGUUUAGAGCUUGAAGAUCUUGAUUGGAUGCUUCAUGGAAGUGAAACUGCCAUUUGUGUUGAUGAUUGGAAGGCACAUACUGAGUACAAUGGCUACAAAGAAACUGAUCCUCAGAUAUUCUGGUUCUGGAAGAUUGUUGGGGGAAUGUCAGCAGAGCAGAGAAAGGUUCUUCUCUUUUUCUGGACCUCAGUGAAAUAUUUACCAGUGGAAGGUUUCCGUGGAUUGGCUUCCCGGCUUUACAUAUACAGGUCCACGGAGUCUCAUGAUCGCUUGCCUUCAUCUCACACUUGCUUUUAUCGGUUGUGUUUCCCACCCUAUCCAUCUAUGGAUGUCAUGCAAGAUCGCCUUCGUGUCAUCACCCAAGAACAUGUAGGUUGUAGCUUUGGUACUUGGUGAAAUAGUUGCAUCUGAAGAUCUGGGUUGAAAGGGUUUUUCGACUGCACAUAGAAAUAUUUGUCCUCAGGUUGUACAGAUUAUAGGAUGAUUGUCAUUAGACUAUGUAAGAAGGUGCUAUAGUUCUCUUAUUGUUCACCCUUCUUUUUGCAUCGUUGGAUGAAGGUUGCAAUGUCAUUGCUCUUUUUGUUAUCUGUUUGUAUAGGUAUAGUAUAAAUAAAGCAGGAGGCAGAAAAAUGCAAAUCUCUCUGCUUCCAUGGACUUAUUUCAUAGUAUUAGAUACUGGCUUAUCGGGACAUUUAAGCACACAGAUUAUGCAAUGACAAGCAAGUCAAUCUCCUUUUUCUCUGAUAAUCAUCAAGUUCUUAUAAGAUUAUGUGAAUAAGAUCAAUAUCCGUUUUGUU